AUGGAAGCGUACCGGUAUUCUCUAUUACUUCCCCGCAAUGUCAGGCUGCUUGACCUCCACACUGGAUCUGGUGAUGGCGAAGUUGUUACGGAAAUGAGAACGUUGCCGCUAGAAACUGCCGCCAACGUCGAAUUUUCUGCUCUCUUAUACGCUUGGGGCGAUCCCCUUCUACGAAAGAGAAUUAUCUGCUCUGGGCGUGCGGUCGAAACUGGCCCAAGUCUGCAUAAUGCGUUGGUCAACAUCAGAUCCCGACAAUACCGACGCUUGGUCUGGGCAGACGCGUUGUAUAUCAACCAGAACGAUACAGCUGAGCGUGCUUCCCAGGUUCGACUUAUAGGAGAAAUUUAUUUAGCAGCUACUACGACCGUGAUAUGGCUCGGCGUGGAAUCGGACAGCGUCGGGCGAGCAUUUGAGUUCCUUCGCAAGUUCGAUUUGGUAUACUCUCGCAAAGCUACGAGUCUGCCGGCCAGUGAUACCAAAACGCCACAUAAGGUCGAAGUUGAACUUAUUACUGCUGCCUUCCCGCCUGACCCUCUAUCUGCGACUCAGCACAUUGGGACUCUCCUUCAAUGA